GAAGUCAGAGGAAUUAUUACAGUCUGUUCAGAGCUCAGGAUGUGAAAGGCAGGAGCUGGGCUGGCUGGUUAUUCAUUAGCAAAGAGGAAAGAGCACCGGGGUCAGGACUGGUCAAACUACAAAGACAAAGACGGACCUGAAGUAGGGAGAGAGCUCCUGGCAAAGGCGAGCUGUGGAGUUAACCUCUCUCCCCCCUUCACUUUGUCUUGGGACAAAAGGCAAAGGUGACUAUUUCCUCUUCUCAGAUGCUUGUCUACAGAGAGGCCUCUGGCUCUGAUUUUCGUUGUGGGAUUCCUAAGCGGACAAGAAGAAGGGGCAUCUCACCACCAAGCAGCCACCCAGCUGCCACUGUGCGCUGCUGCGAGAUAGCAGCCACCAGCAGGCGGGCGGGUCUCCCCAGGAGGCCAGGUGUGCCCCGCAGGCUGGGGAGCCGGUGCUGAUUGCAGGGCUGCGGGCCGAAGACACAGCCACCGUGCAGAGACAAAGGGGAGAGGGAGGGAACUCUCCCCACCUCUCCCCGACGGGAGAGCAGCAGCAUGGGCAACGUCUGCCGGAGGCUCUGGGGGUACUUGAAGCCCUGUCUCCCCUGCUUCGCCCAGGAGACAGGCAAACAGGUGGCGCCUGAGCGCACAGAGAGCCCCUGCCCCCCGGAGCCUCCCAGGCCGCAGGGCUCCUACUUCGUGGCCCUGUUCGAUUACCAGGCACGGACCGCAGAGGACCUGAGCUUCCGUGCGGGCGACAAGCUCCAGGUCCUGGACGCUUCCCACGAGGGCUGGUGGCUCGCCAGGCACUUGGAGAAAAGGGGCGUCGGCUCGGGCCAGCGGCUGGAGGGCUAUAUUCCUUCCAACUAUGUGGCCGAGGACAGAAGCCUGCAGGCAGAGCCGUGGUUCUUUGGAGCAAUCAAGAGAGCAGAUGCAGAAAAUCAACUAUUAUAUUCAGGAAAUCAGACGGGUGCCUUUCUAAUCAGAGAAAGUGAAAGCGAGAAAGGAGGUUUCGCCCUUUCAGUUUUAGUUGAAAGGGCCGUGAAACACUACAAAAUCAGAAGACUGGAUGAAGGGGGCUUUUUCCUUACUCGGAGAAGAACCUUUACAACGCUGAAUGAAUUCGUGAGCCACUACACCAAGAUAAGUGAUGGCCUGUGUGUCAAGCUGGAGAAACCAUGCUUAAAGAUACAAGUGCCAACUCCUUUUGAUUUGUCAUAUAAAACUGUGGACCAGUGGGAGAUAGACCGCAACUCUGUACAGCUUCUGAAGCGAUUAGGAUCCGGUCAGUUUGGCGAAGUGUGGGAAGGCCUCUGGAACAAUACUACUCCAGUAGCAGUAAAAACGUUAAAACCAGGUUCAAUGGAUCCAAAUGACUUCCUGAGGGAGGCUCAGAUAAUGAAGAACCUAAGACAUCCAAAGCUUAUCCAGCUUUAUGCUGUUUGCACUUUAGAAGAUCCAAUUUAUAUUAUUACAGAGUUGAUGAGACAUGGAAGUCUGCUAGAAUAUCUCCAAAAUGAUUUUGGAUCAAAAAUCAAUCUGACUCAACAAGUCGACAUGGCAGCACAAGUUGCCUCUGGAAUGGCCUAUCUGGAGUCCCAGAACUACAUCCAUAGAGACCUGGCUGCUAGAAAUGUCCUUGUGGGUGAACAUAAUAUCUACAAAGUGGCAGAUUUUGGACUUGCAAGAGUGUUUAAGCAGGUAGGCAAUGAAGACAUUUAUGAAGCUAAACACGAAAUAAAGCUGCCAGUGAAGUGGACUGCGCCUGAAGCCAUUCGUUCUAAUAAGUUCAGCAUUAAGUCCGAUGUGUGGUCAUUUGGAAUCCUUCUUUUUGAAAUCAUUACUUAUGGCCAAGUCCCUUAUAGUGGAAUGACAGGUGCUCAGGUAAUCCAGAUGUUGAUUCAAAACUAUCGACUCCCUCAACCAUCUAACUGUCCACUGCCAUUCUACAACAUCAUGUUGGAGUGCUGGAAUGCAGAGCCUAGGGAUCGGCCAACAUUUGAGGAACUGUAUUGGAAACUUGAGGAUUUUUUUGACUCUGAAUAUUCAGAUGCAAAUAGCAUUGUAAGAUGAAUAGUAAAGAAAAGAAUCAAAUGAAGUAAAAAUGAAGUUCAAUAAUCAGUCCAGAAAUACAACCUUAUUAACCAGCUGCAAAAAUGAGUUUAACUUGACAUACUCAAGUGAAAAGGUCAAUUUGGCCAUGUAUUAUAAAAAAAUUACUUUUACAUUUUAUUGACUGGACAACACGACAGGACAGUCUAAGAUGGCCUAUCAUUUUCUCACUGCCUAGAAAAAGUCAAACACACUAAACAAAGUUAUUCUUUUUAAAAAAUACUUACAUCUCUGUUGUUUGAAAUGUCGAUCAACAGGAUCAACAAAUGAUAAUCAAUUUUUACUCAGUGGCUGUGGUAGCAUUUUCCUGUUUACUGAUUAAAGUGGUUAUUCAUUAUUCGUCAGAUUGCUGAAUCCCAUCAGACUGUUAUUAUGAAGGAAUUUGAUUGCUUUGCUGCACAGCAGGACCCUUGCUUUAAGAUUUUUCCCCCCUCUUUUUAAAUAUCCUGCAACUACAAUGAUGGGAAAGCCAUGUUAAAUGACUUGAUUGUACUUGGAGUAAUUGCCCACAUUUUUCCCUGUGCAUAAAAAAUGAAGCAGCUGUUGAGAAAAAGAAUUAAAAUUUCUCUCAUUUUGUAGAAGGAAAUGAUGGAAAUUUCUAUACCUCAAUAUAUGUCAUCUGAGAAUCAUCUACUAAGUUUUAAUCUCUUAAUGUUAAGAAUCAGAUUGCAAAGCUGAUGAGUUAUUAUCUGUGGAAAUAUGCAAGAAACAUCUAAUAGCCUGAAUAUCUAAGAAGUAGGUAUCAAAAUAGUUUAG